AUGACUGCAGAAGUACGCAGCCGAUGCUUCCGGCAGUUCCGUUACCACGAGGCCGAUGGGCCCCGAGAGAUGUGGGGAGGAUCCGUGAAGAUGGAAGCGAAGCUCUCCGAGGCAGAAGGAGCUCCGUCAGAGGAAGGUCAGAGGGCGCAGGCCCAGGAGGAUGCCCGGGAUGCCCUGCCAAGUGGCAGUGAAGAGAUGUUGUCAAGCUGUCGUCUUUUCAGAGGAGUGGAAACGGCUGCUCCACCUCUGGCCCAGGUGGCCGUGCAUUUCACCGUGGCCGAGUGGGCCUUGCUGGAUCCGGGCCAAAGAGCUCUCUACAGGGACGUCAUGCGGGAGAACUACGGGAGCGUGGCUUCUCUGGCAGCAGACGUACAGGAGGCAGCUGGGGGAUUCCAGGGGUUCCCUUUGGAAAAAGCCAAGAGUGAAGAGGUCGAAGGAAACUUCGGAGGUGGGCCACAGAGGCAGGAGGAGAGCCACACAGUGUGUGGAAAGAAAUUCCGUCAGAACUUCCAUCUUCAAAUUCAUAUAAGAACCCAUACAGGGGAGAAGCCUUUUGAAUGCUCAAUGUGUGGGAAGAGAUUCAAUGCUAGUGGCAGUCUUCAACUGCAUCAAAGAACUCACACAGGGGAGAAACCUUUUGAAUGCUCAGAGUGUGGGAAGAAAUUUAAUAGGAGUGACCAUCUUCAACUGCACCGAAGGACCCACACAGGGGAGAAACCUUUUGAAUGCUCAGAGUGUGGAAAGAAAUUCCGUCAGAGUGGCACUCUUCAACUGCAUCUAAGAACCCAUACAGGGGAGAAACCUUUUGAAUGCUCAGAGUGUGGAAUGAAAUUUAGUAGGAGUGGCCAUCUUCAACUGCAUCAAAGAACCCACACAGGGGAGAAACCUUUUGAAUGCUCAGAGUGUGGAAAGAAAUUCAGUACAAGUGGUAAUCUUCGACUGCAUCAAAGAAUCCAUACAGGGGAGAAACCGUUUGAAUGCUCAGAGUGUGGACAGAAAUUCCGUCGGAGUGGCCAUCUUGAACUUCACCGAAGAACCCACACAGGGGAGAAACCUUUUGAAUGCUCAGAGUGUGGAAAGAAAUUCAGUACAAGCGGUGGUCUUCAAAUGCAUCAAAUAACCCAUACAGGGGAGAAGCCUUUUCAGUGCUCAGACUGUGGGAAGAGAUUCAGUCGGAGUGGCCAUCUUCAACUGCACCAAAGAACCCACACAGGGGAGAAACCUUUUGAAUGCUAUGAGUGUGGAAAGAAAUUCAGGUUGAGUGGCCAUCUUCAAAAUCAUCUAAGAACCCACACACACAGAAACCAUGUAACUACUUAGCCCAGAUGUGUCAAACUAAUUUCUUACGAGGGCCGGAUCUGACAUAAAUGUCACUUUGUUGGGCCAGGCCAUGUAUGCCAUAAAAUGUAAUGCCUGGUACCAGAGAUACACAUUUCAGAAAGGACACUGACUGACUAGGUGUCCAUGGGGAUUCUGAAAAUAUCACGGGCAGCUAAGACAAGGAGGGCUCCCUGUUAAUAAGGUUAGCCGGCCACAGAU